UUCUCUCUCUUUCCUCUGUCCACUCACACACCCAAUCUCCUCUCUCUCUCUCUCUCUCUCUCUCUCCUCUUCCACUGUCCACACCCUCACUCCUCUCCCCACUUUCUGCUAAUCUCUAAAGUCCAGACACAAAAAUGGCUACUUUCUCCAAUUCCCAUUUUACCCCUCUCACAUUCCUCUAUUUCCUCCUCUUCUUCUCUUCCACUUCCACCCCCAUUUUCUCUCUAAACAUCACCACUCUCCUCUCUUCCUACCCUGAUUUCUCCGACUUCACCUCCCUCCUAUCGUCCACCUCCGUCGCCGCCGAUCUGACCCACCGCUCCUCCCUCACCCUCCUUGUCGUCCCCAACUCCUUCCUCCACUCCUCCCAUUUGGCCCACCACCCGAACCUCCCCGACAUCCUCCGCUACCACGUCCUCCUCCAGUACCUCUCCUUGCCGGACCUCCACCAAUUACCGCCCACCGGAAAACUCAUCACCACCCUCUUCCAAACCACCGGCCGCGCCACUGCAAACUUCGGCUCCGUCAACAUCACCCGCAACCCAACCACCAACGCCGUCGCGGUCCGCUCUCCCGACUCCAACGCCACCGUACUCUCUCUCAUCAAAACCUUACCCUAUAAUGUCAGCAUCUUCUCAAUCAAUUCCCUCUUAAUCCCGUACGGGUUCGAUCUAAUGGCCUCCGAGACUCAACCCCCAUUGGGUCUUAACAUCACCAAAGCCCUAAUCGACGGCCACGAUUUCAACGUCGCCGCUUCGAUUCUCACCGCCUCCGGCGUAGUAGGCGAGCUCGAGCGUGACGAAGGCGGUGCCGGAAUUACCUUCUUCGUCCCCACGGACGAAGCCUUCUCCGACCUCCCGGCGACGGCGAGUUUCCAAUCGUUGCCGGCCGAGGAAAAAGCUGUGGUGUUGAAAUUUCACGUACUCCCCUCGUACUACCCGCUCGGUUCGCUCGAAUCGAUUGUGAACCCGGUUCAACCCACGCUCGCGACCGAGGGGACUGGAGCUGGAAGAUUCACAUUGAACAUCUCGAGGGUUAACGGGUCGGUGGCGAUCGAUACUGGGAUCGUUCGAGCGGCGGUGACUCGGACUGUGUUUGAUCAAAACCCACUUGCGAUUUUUGGGGUUUCGGAAGUUUUGUUGCCGAGAGAGUACUUUGGGAAGAACCCAAUUGUCAAUUCCAACAAGCCUGUUAGUGAUAUCUCCGGCGUUGCUCAGCCGCCGGAGAUUUCUUUGCCGCCGGAGAUUUCGCCGCCGAGUCACUUGUCGUCUCCGCCGGGUUUUCGUGAAGAAAUUCGAUCGUUGUCGGCGAGGAAUUGCGUACAGAGCCUCGUUCUGUGUUUGGGUUGUAUAGCAUUGUAUCUGUUGGUAUGAGAUUGAUUAUUUGUUGCAUUAAUAAUUGUGAUUUUUUUUUUCUCGGGUUUUUGUUGUAUUUUUUUUUUUUUUGCAAUUAUCACACGAGAGUAGUUGUAAUUGUAAUUGUUAUUGUAAUUGUAAUUGAAUUGGGGCUUCAAAAGCUGCCAUUUUUACU